UUCAGACACAAAUAGAGAUCUCUCUGCGUAGGCUAUUUCUUUGUAUUUUCCCUUAUUGUUCGAUCCUCCUCAGAAAAAAUGCGUGAGUGUAUCUCUGUCCAUGUAGGUCAGGCUGGAGUCCAGAUUGGCAAUGCCUGCUGGGAGCUCUACUGCCUGGAGCAUGGGAUCCAGCCGGACGGGCAGAUGCCCAGCGACAAAACCAUCGGCGGAGGAGAUGACUCCUUCAAUACCUUUUUCAGUGAGACUGGGGCUGGAAAGCAUGUCCCCAGGGCUGUGUUUGUGGACCUGGAACCCACAGUUAUUGAUGAGGUGCGCACUGGGACCUAUCGCCAGUUAUUCCAUCCUGAACAGCUCAUCACUGGCAAAGAAGACGCUGCCAACAACUACGCUCGUGGACACUACACUAUUGGCAAAGAGAUCAUCGACCUGGUGCUGGACAGGAUCCGCAAACUGGCUGACCAGUGCACAGGCCUUCAGGGCUUCCUAGUUUUCCACAGCUUUGGUGGUGGCACCGGCUCUGGUUUCACCUCCCUGCUGAUGGAGCGCCUGUCUGUUGACUACGGCAAGAAGUCCAAGCUGGAGUUCUCCAUCUACCCAGCUCCCCAGGUGUCCACAGCUGUGGUGGAGCCCUACAACUCCAUCCUGACCACCCACACCACCCUAGAGCACUCUGACUGUGCCUUCAUGGUGGAUAAUGAGGCUAUCUAUGACAUCUGCCGUAGGAACCUCGACAUUGAGCGUCCUACCUACACCAACCUCAACAGGCUCAUUAGCCAGAUCGUUUCCUCCAUCACUGCUUCCCUUCGAUUUGAUGGUGCCCUCAAUGUUGAUCUACAGUUCCAGACCAACUUGGUGCUCUACCCCCGUAUCCAUUUCCCUCUGGCCACCUACGCCCCAGUUACUUCUGCAGAGAAGGCUUACCAUGAGCAGCUCUCUGUCUCUGAGAUCACCAACGCCUGCUUUGAGCCGGCCAACCAGAUGGUGAAAUGUGACCCUCGCCACGGCAAGUACAUGUCUUGCUGCCUUCUGUUCCGUGGUGACGUGGUACCCAAAGAUGUCAAUGCUGCCAUUGCCACCAUCAAGACCAAACGUUCCAUUCAGUUUGUUGACUGGUGUCCAACUGGUUUCAAGAUUGGCAUCAACUAUCAGCCUCCCACUGUAGUCCCUGGUGGAGACCUGGCCAAAGUCCAGAGGGCUGUGUGCAUGCUGAGCAACACCACUGCUGUGGCAGAGGCCUGGGCUCGGCUUGACCACAAGUUUGACCUGAUGUACGCCAAACGUGCCUUUGUGCACUGGUAUGUGGGUGAGGGCAUGGAGGAGGGAGAGUUCUCUGAGGCCAGAGAGGACAUGGCUGCCCUGGAGAAGGAUUAUGAAGAGGUAGGGGUUGACUCCAUUGAGGGUGAGGGAGAGGAGGAGGGAGAAGAGUAUUGA